AUGUGGCUGGGCUCUGGUGAUGGCUUGCGUUACUCGAUGGUGUUCGUGCAGAGUCAGCCGAUGAACAAGAAGAACGCCCAAAUCUCCUCUACGAACCUUCGUGCACCCUGGACCGACUGGGCACCUUCGGGAUUUUCGCCGUCUCGACGGCCACGCAGGCUGCAGGUAAAGUGCCACAGCUCCACCAAGCUGUUCGAGGAACUACUGUACCCGGCUCAGAUGUGA